CGCUUGACGACACGCGCAGACCUCCAGGCAGACGCGGCGGCGACAAUCACGAACUCAGAACGCGCGGCACGGCCACGGACGUCUGUGAAGUCAGUGUCCCGCUGUUUACCUGAACUUAGCCAACCCCGCGCACGCUCUCGGACAUAACCGAUACACGGACACGCGCAGCGGAGAGGCGGAAAAUUAUGGCGACGUUGGGACCGGAGUCGGCUCGCCCCCCUCUGGGUUCUUCUCCGUUAGUCCAGGCUCACAUCGGCAGCGCCAACCUGCCUCCCAACCGGGGCUUGGAGCGGGCACUGGAGGAGGCAGCGGCCAGCGGCGCCCUCAACCUCAGCUGCCGAAAACUGAAGGAGUUUCCCCGGACAGCAGCCAACCACGACCUGUCGGACACGGUGGAAGCAGACCUGUCAAAAAACCGACUAACCGACGUCCCCUCAGAGGUAUGCCAUCUGGUUGCCUUGGAAACACUAAACUUGUACCACAACUGCAUCAGGUCCAUCCCAGACAGCAUCAUCAGCCUGCAGUCGCUCACCUCCUUAAACCUCAGUCGUAACCAGCUGGGCUCCCUGCCGGCCUGCCUGUGUGGUUUACCUCUGAGAGUCCUCAACGCCAGCAACAACAAGCUGGUCAGCCUGCCCGAGACCAUUGGACAACUGCAGAGCCUCAUGGAGCUGGACAUCAGCUGCAACGAGAUCACAGCUCUUCCUCGUCACAUCGGCAGACUCAAAGCUCUACGCGAGCUAAACGUGCGCCGAAACCUUCUCUGUGUCCUGCCAGAAGACUUGGCUGAUCUUCCUCUGGUGAAGUUCGAUUUCUCCUGUAACAAAGUGUCCACCAUCCCAGUGUGUUACAGGAAGAUGAAACAGCUCCAGACUCUCCAGUUAGAAAACAAUCCACUGCAGAGUCCACCCGCACAGAUCUGUAUAAAGGGCAAAGUUCACAUAUUCAAGUAUCUGAGCAUUGAGGCGUGUCGCAGCGAGAAGAUGCCUGACUCUCUCUACCUGCCUGUCAUGGGGCGAAUCAACUUAUCAAGGCCCACCACCGGCAGUGUGGAAGACAUGGAGCAGCAGAAGAAGCAGGACAGUGACUCAGGAGUCGGCAGCGACAACGGAGACAAGAGACUGUCUGCUACUGAGCCGUCAGAUGAAGACAGUCUGAGCCUUAAUGUGCCAAUGAGUCACAUCACAGAGGAGGGAAUCGGCAAAGACGACUCGAGUGAACACAUCAGCUCUCUGACAGCAGACCCAAACUCUGACUCGGUGCAGCUGAUUGAGGAGAGCCCUACGGAAGCCCUGAGAGACCAGAACAGAGACUCUUCUCUCAGCACUCGCUUCAUCAACUACAUCAAGGGUAGGACGGCAGCAGACUUCGACGAGCCCCUCAGGAUAGAAGAAGACUCUCACUGGUCAACACAACAAACGUCAAAAGUCACAGGGGGCACAGAGCUCCACAUCGACAUGAUCAACCAGCUAAAAGAGGCUGUGGAACUGCUGCAGGACCCCAGCAGGGUGAACACAGAGGAAGAUUUGUCUGGAGUCCAGCUCUAUCCAGUGGAGAUGGUCACAGUGGACGAGUCACUCAACGGGCAGGACAGUGAUGACGGCGCCACAACACCAAAGCAGCACAUGGAUGAAGGUGGCUGUGAGUUCCAGAAGAAGAGACAGAUGAUUCUAGAAAAGGCCAGGUUUGAAGCCCAGCUUGCGUGCCGCGAGUAUGAGUGGCAUAUGUCGAUCAAGCGAAAUGACAGAUCUCCAGUGAGCGGACCUCCAUCCUUCUCCAGCCCACCCUUUGGACUGAAACCUCGUUCGGCUCCACCCUCGCUGCCCUGCUCGCCCCCGCCUUCCUGUCUCGACCCCUCCCUCCUCCCACAGGCCUCGCCCCUCCAUAGAGAUACACCUCGUAGCCAUGACGACGGAGGCAAUCACAACCGGGUGUUCCUGCGGAGCCACAAGAGCCUGGAGUCUGUGGAUCCUCAGUUCACCAUGAGAAGAAAGAUGGAGCAGCUGCGGGAGGAACUGGAGCUCAUGGAGCAGCUGAGAGACAGCAUCGAGAGCAGACUGAAGGUCGUCCUUCCUGAAGACCUUGGUUCGUCUCUGAUGGACGGCGUCGUGCUCUGCCAUCUGGCCAAUCACAUUCGCCCGCGCUCUGUCGCAAGCAUCCACGUCCCCUCACCUGCAGUGCCCAAACUCAGCAUGGCCAAGUGUCGGAGGAAUGUGGAGAACUUCCUGGAUGCCUGUAGAAAAAUAGGCGUACCAGAGGACAAACUGUGUCUUCCUCACCACAUCCUAGAGGAGAAAGGCCUGGUCAAAGUGUGCAUCACGGUGCAGGCUCUGGUGGAUGAAGCCUCCCCCAGACACUCUGCCCUGACGUGAGCAGUAAAGAUGGGCGGAGCUUCAACCGACUGACACGUACCACAGACACUCACCCAGAUGAAAUCGCUCAUGUGAUUUCACACAACGCUAAAAAAAAAGCCUCCGAUCCUUCAUGAGCUUAAGUAAUAGAGUGGGGGUUUUUUUGUUUGUUUUUUAAAAUAGUAUUCAAGGAUAAAAAAUGGUGUUAAGGGAACUAAACCCAUCAGAAGUGUAUUAUCUACUAAUUCAUAAGAGGACAGUUUUUUUGGACAAUUACGAUUUUACCAUCGUGCCAAGCCAAGGGUGUGCUAGAAAACUCAAAUUAUCUUUUUUGUUUGUUUGUUUGAUGUCAUCUUCUUACAUUGGUUGGUAUCAAACUUUUGAACCAUGAAGACCCCUGUGACAGAAAGUGAGAUUGGAUUUUGAGAGUAGAACCAGAAAAGUUUGGGGAAAAUAUCACAAAUAACGUGAGAGAAAAGGCUCAAAGUUUAGAAAGUGUCAUAAUAAAUUAUACAAAAUAUAGAUUUAUUAUUUUGAAAUAAUAAUUUUAAUCUUAAAUCUGCAAUUUGGGGAGGAGGGGGUUUUAUAAUUCUUCCAUUCAAUUAUUUACCUCAAUUUUCUUUUUUUUAAUACAACUUAAUUGGUAUAUUCUUAAAAAAAUGCAUCUUUGUUCUCAAAAUCAAUGUUUUCGUUCUCUGACUGUGGCUCUGGUAAUGUGUUGUUUUAAAUCCACGAUUGAACUCUAAAUUGCGAGCGGAUUGGCUGGAGCCACAGCCUUUAGCGUACUGCAGUCGCACCAACUUCACCAGGUUAUAUCAUGCUGUCUAUGCACACGUUAACAAAUGAUUUUUAUUAAAUUAUCAGUUAUGUUUCUACAGAUUUUUUUUUUCCUACUGAGGUUUCUGGUGAAGUGUUUUUGGACUGUGUGAGUAAUUAGUGUGUUGCUCUCACUACCCCGAAAAGAAUAAAACCAAAAUACUUUAGUCUUAACGUAGAGGGAGUCGGCUUUUACCUGCAGUUUGUAUUUAAACACGAAACUAUUUAUAAUAUAAAGAGAUGCAGAGAAAAUCCGCUUGAGUUGUUGUAUACAGUCAAAAAGAAAGAAGGCCAAAAUAUUUUUCUCUAAUAUAUUUUAGGUAUAACUGUAUGUGUUUUAUACAUUUUUAGCAGUAUGACUUUGUGUGGAGCUGUCUGCUCGUCCAUGAGGCAGGUCUGAGUGUGCGUUAGUCUGGGGACACUAAUCUGUGUUUCUCAAGUUUCUGAUGGAUUAAAGUCCAGGUGAUUAUUUUCUUACCCUCUAUCCUUUUACGUGUGUUGGUAGUCAGUGCUCACAUAAGGAACCUGGAAACGUUUUCAGACUUGGUCUGUGAGGCUCCUACUCAUUGUGGUAUUUGUCAUGAGAUGCAGUUUGCUAAUGUGCCAAAACAUGUGGUGGUAGUGGAACAAAUGAACAAACAAAAGCAAAAACCAGUCAGUGUUUCAAGGGAACAUUAUGCAUCACUGUGGCCACAGAUGGAUUACUGAACAGGCCUACAGGCACAGGGACCCACGGUCAGGGUGGCCCAGCUCAGAGCCCCAAUUUGAAGGGAUCAGCUAAUUUCAUCUGGAACAUUAAAAAGAAAAAGAAAACAACGACCCAGGGUGACUACAAAGAGAUAAAAAUCAGCUACAAAAGGUCACAAAACAAACAACAAAAAAUGGUAAUAAUAGUGACUCACCAUAACUACAAAGAGACAAAAAAAGAAUGCAGAGAAACAAAACCAAAAGUACCCACAAAAAGAUAAAAAACUGACUCCUCAUAACUACAGAGAGACAAAAGACAACUACAAAGAGACAUGACUACAGCCAGACAAAACAAAAACUACCCGCAAAGAGACACAAAACAGACUCAACAUGACUACAAAGAGACACAAAAUAACAAAGAAUCUGCAUCUGUAGAGACAGAUAAUAAAAAACAACAGAUGGUCACACCACAACAACAAAGAGACAGAAACUAACCACAAACAAACAAACAAGCUUUAUUUGUCACAUACACAAUCAUACCUGCGAACAGGCUGCAGACGUAGCCACACCAUUCCAGGGCUUGGUUUUUUAGCACGGGCGGUCUAGCCAGGACCCUUUCGGUAUACACAACAAGUGACUACAAAGAAACUGCAAAAAACACCACAGAGAAACAUUGCACUAAUACACAUAAAACGACUUCAAGAGACAAAAAAUAGACAAUAUCCAUGAGGACAAACAGACUGACCAAAAAAAACCCCCAUUAUACUGUAAUAGACUAGAGGCUCUGGAUGAUGUCAUUCUCCACUGUAGAAAGGGUCUGUGCCCGGGGGCCUGUUGUUGAGUAAUAUGUCUGAGCUUCAGGCCUCGUAGACCACCUGAAACUGUAUGUGACUUUUAUAUUUCAGGUGUGUGUGAAGAUGAGAUUUUCAUGUAGCCAUCGCCCUAGCUCAGAGAAUCUCAGCUAGUUAAGACUCUUUACCAUUUUUUUAAACUCUUAAAACACUAUGUUUAAAAAAAAAAAGCAUCCCUAGGUUUAAAAACUUGAGUCUAAUGAGGUUUUUGCUGCUUGGCAGUCAAUUUGAAGAUGUUAAAAUGAAAUCUGCUGAACAGUUGAGCACAUGAGGGGCUCGUGAGUGAACUGGUUCUACCCUCUGAGGUUUAGGCCAGAGCUGUUGGUGUGUGAGAUCAGAGACUGUGUGACUCAGGGUAGGUUUGGGUUUACUACACUGUUGGCCCUUCAUUCCACAGCCUGCUACGUCAACAGUAUCAGUGUGUGUGUGUGUGUGGUCAUGAGUGCGUGUGAAAUCAAGGCAGUUGCUGGUUGGUCUUUUGAAACAUGUGGUUGUGCAGACCUGGCUCAGACUGAGAUUUUAAAGGGGUAGUAGGAAGUAUUAUUUUGAAUAACAUUAUUAUGGACUUUGAUCAGCCUCUGCUGUGUGAUUACAUUGACACACAACAGUUAUAUUGUACUGUUUGGCAGAUUUGUUUCCGAAACUAAGGUUUAUGCUAUGAAGCAAGUUUAACAAAGCUACUUUUUCUUUGCAUUAGCUGGCUUGACAAAACCUGAAACCACAGUCAUCACAUAUCACAACACUGUUUAUCAGCGUCCUGAGUUAACACAGGCGUUCUGCUUCAGGCUCCGGGUGUGCUAGCAUAAAAGUGAAUGUGGGACGCCUGAUUUGACUGUUUUUAUUCACAAAAUAAACCAACCAUGUACUGCCUACUGCAGUCUUAUCCAGGAAUGUACAGGAUAUAAAAUAAAUGACCAGUUAUUUAUAUGUUUAGCAUAAGUUACCAUGGUCAUUAGACCAGAUUUUUAAAAAGGGCUGCACUUGAGACAUUCGCUAACCCAAAUCUUCUUACUGCCCCUUUAAAACAAGCAUGACAUUAUGUUUUCUUCCUAAAUGCCAGAAUGUCACCACAUGAAGCAUCUAACACUCUUGAAACAGCGAGCUUGUAUGAAUGAGGGAUUAAAUUUUUGUUUUUUUUUGUUUUUUUUAUUGUUUGUUGUUGUUUUUUCCUGUGCAGCUUGGAAUCCAAAGCUUGAGCUACUUAAAGAUUCAGCAGUAAUUAGAAAGAACUCCAUAAUAAAUAGAUAAAUGCUUCCACUGGAUAGAUUUGACAGUUGCCAAAACAAACCUUUUUCUCUCCUGUGAUAAAACAUAAAGGAUUUAAUGUAAAUGUGCUGUAUGCCUGUGUACAUAUUAUUUAUCACAAGGAUUUUUUUGUAUUGUUGAAUUUGUUUGUUCAUGUACUGUAUAUUUCACCAUGAAACACUCACAUUAGCAAAUAAAAAGCUCAAUGUUUUUUUUUAACCUAGAGAUUACAUUUGUUUAAACAAAAAGAGACCAUAAUUCUUCCAUCAAUAAAUCCAUUUUUCUGCCACUUAUCUGUGCCACAGGGGCAGCGGUCUAAGGUGACUGACCCUAUCUUCUCUGCUACCAGCUGCUAGCUUAUCCAGAGGGAGACUGGGGGGAACCCAGGCCAGUCAAAAGACACGAUCUCUUAUUUUAGUCCGAUGUCCUAAUCAUCUCAGCUGGUUUACAUAGACUGCGGGGGAAAAAUUACUCAGAGCGUUUCUGAUUGACUGAGUUAUGUGUUUAAGGGAGAGCUCAGACAUCCAUCAGAGGAACCUCAUUUCUGCUGCUUGUAUCAAUGAUGUUGUUCCUUCAGUUGCUGCCCUGAGUUCAUGAACAGGGUAAGAAUGUAAUCAUUCGUCCCUACAAUGAGUUUUAGCAACAGUGGAUCAGGGUGCCAGUUCCCCUACUGCUCACUUUCAACCAGCCCAUAAAGUACUGAAUGGGGUGCCACCCCCUACUGGGAGUGCCAUCACUACUGGGGCCCCUACUGCGGCUACGGCCCCUAAACCACUCUCUCAGGUGAGUUAACUGGUCUGAUGGCUUCUUCUACGUAGGGGUGUUUUAAAUCAUUCUUAGCCUGUCCCCCUCACCCAGCCUUUGCCUUGGGAUGGACCCUACCAUUGCUCCUGGGAUCACGCAGGCAUGCAUACCCCUCGACUCCGGAAUAAGUUGUUGAUUCAUGCAGGGAAACAUACUUAUUACAUUCUUAAUAACAAUGUAAUAAAUAUUAAAUAUAACACAGUACAGUGAGAAAACUAUCACUAUGAGGAUUAGCAUGUCGGCUUUAACUGUGACAUAAGUAACAGAGCCGGAUGAUUCCAGCUUGCUUAUUUUGAAUCUGUAUCUGCAUUUCUUCACAUAAUCAUACCAUUUUCCACAGAUCUGUGCACAUCAUGUCACAGCGUUUUGGGGAAAAAGCAAUAAAACCAAACUGGCUGCUUCCCCAACAGAAUCUGCACUUUAAACUUGUAUUUAUAUCUUUGUUUUGGCAACUGAGCAAAUCUGAAGUCACCUUUGAAAAUGAGAUGGAAAGUUAAAGGGCCAGUGUGGGGGGUUUACUGGGAGCUAUAAGUAGAAAUGUAAUAUUUACUUGUGUUAUUAUAGGUGUAUGAUCACCAUCAAGUGUGAGAUCAGAAGGAACAAACCAAACACUGUCUCUUAAGAGGGCUAAAGAGUGGCGAUGCCACUAAAUCCGACACACUGAUCCUUUAAGGUUCCAAACGUGACGCUGUUGUAAAAUAUGUAAAUGUGUGCCUGCUGAACCUAAAGCAGUGUUUUUUUUGGUUUUAAGGUUUCAUCUUUUGUACAAAUCUAUUGUCCAGAAACAGCCUGUACUCACAUUUUUGUACUUUGACUGGGAGCACAUUUAUUUUUUAUGUGACUUAUUUUCAGGUUUGUUGAAAUUUGGUUGUAAUAUACCCUUUUGUAACGCUUUGUGAACCUUUGUGUAAGUUUUUGUUGUACAGCAACUCAAAUCUACAUGCAUGAAUAGUCCCUGUAACGUCGCCUUAACUGCUGUGAAUACUGUAUAUACUGUACUGUAUUUCACUUUAUCAGUAAAGACCUCACCUGAAACAAAA